AUGGCCACUGCAAACCCCUUCUCCCUAUGGAUCCUCCUCUUGAUCGCUGCUAUUUCAUAUCCCACUUCCCUGUUGGCAAAAUCAGAUGUGUACAUUGUCCACAUGGAUUUAUCAGCCAUGCCCAGAGCCUUCGCCGACCACCACAGCUGGUAUGAAGCUACACUUUCCUCCAUUAAGGAUGGUGGGAAUGGUGUUGCUACCAUUACUACCACCAAACCCAGUUACCUCAUCUAUACCUACAAUAAUGCCAUCCAUGGUUUUGCUGCAAGCCUUUCUCCUUUGGAGCUCGACUUGCUGAAACACUUGCCCGGCUUUGUUUCAUCAACUCUAGAUGUGCUCCUUAAGGCCGACACAACCCACACUCCUGAUUUUCUUGGUCUCAAUAAUUCUAACUCCGGUCCAUGGCCAGCGUCAAACUAUGGCGAAGAUGUCAUAAUCGGCUUAGUUGACAGUGGAAUUUGGCCAGAGAGUGCAAGUUUUAGAGAUGAUGGAAUGACCCAAGUUCCAAACAAGUGGAAAGGAGAAUGUGUGAGUGGUACGGAUUUCAAUUCUACCAUGUGCAACAAGAAGCUAAUUGGAGCUAGAUUCUUCAAUAAGGGUAUCAAGGCUCACAGCCCCGACCUGAACUUCUCCAUGAAUUCUGCUCGUGACACUGAUGGACAUGGGACACAUACUUCCUCUAUAGCUGCUGGGAACUAUGUAAAAGGAGCUUCCUGCUUUGGUUAUGCCCGAGGGAGUGCAAGAGGAAUGGCCCCAAAAGCACGGAUAGCCAUGUAUAAGGCAAUGCGGGAUGAUACUUUUUAUGCAUCCGAUGUUAUUGCGGCAAUAGAUAAAGCAAUUAGUGAUGGUAUGGAUGUCCUCUCCUUGUCCUUGGGAAACACAGCUUCUAAUUUCUAUGAUGAUCCAAUUGCCAUAGCCUCCGUUGCUGCCAUGGAGAAGGGUAUUUUUGUUGCUGCAUCAGCAGGGGAACGAGGGGCCCUACCUGUCCACAGUGCACAAUGUCGCACUCUGGCUACUUACUGUGGUGCAUCUUUGUACCCUGGAAAUUCUUCGUUAACCCGGGUACCCCUUGUCUUCAUGGGUGACUGCAAUGACUUGAACAAUGUAGAGGGCAAGAUCGUUGUCUGCGAAAGCACAUAUUUAUUCUGGGCGUCGGCGGACAACAUUGACGAUCAAAUCACAUCAGGGGCAGCUGGAGGCAUCUUCUUAUACGUAGGGAAUAGGAUAGAACCUCACAUCCACUUGUCAUUUCCAGCCGUUGUCGUGAGCAUGGAAGAAGAAGAAGGUCAAGCUAUCUUCAAUUACAUAAACACAAGCCAUGAUCCAAGAGCAACCAUGAAAUUUCCUUAUACGCGUAUUGGAACAAAGGCAGCACCAAGAGUGGCUAUCUCCAGCUCCCGUGGGCCAUCUACAAUUUGCCCCAACAUUCUAAAACCUGAUCUCAUGGCUCCGGGCUCUUUGGUCCUUGGUUCAUGGUCUCCGAUAAGCCCAAUAGUAGACGACGAUGGAUCCACACAAAUGUUUAGUGACUUCAACAUCAUAUAUGGAACGUCCAUGGCUUGUCCUCAUGCAGCGGGAGUGGCUGCACUUUUGAAAGGAGCUCCGCAGCCAUUCGAUCUGCUAUCAUGA